AUGGGGCCCGUCACCCCCCGCCCGCAGGCUGGGGCGAUCAUGGGGCCCGUCACCCCCCGCCCGCAGGCUGGGGCGAUCAUGGGGCCCGUCACCCCCCGCCCGCAGGCUGGGGCGAUCAUGGGGCCCGUCACCCCCCGCCCGCAGGCUGGGGCGAUCAUGGGGCCCGUCACCCCCCGCCCGCUGGCUGGGGCGGUCAUGGGGCCCGUCACCCCCCGCCCGCUGGCUGGGGCGAUCAUGGGGCCCGUCACCCCCCGCCCGCUGGCUGGGGCGGUGAUGGGGCCCGUCACCCCCCGCCCGCAGGCUGGGGCGAUCAUGGGGCCCGUCACCCCCCGCCCGCUGGCUGGGGCGGUCAUGGCUCCCGUCACCCCCCGCCCGCAGGCUGGGGCGGUCAUGGGGCCCGUCACCCCCCGCCCGCAGGCUGGGGCGGUCAUGGGGCCCGUCACCCCCCGCCCGCAGGCUGGGGCGGUGAUGGGGCCCGUCACCCCCCGCCCGCAGGCUGGGGCGAGUGGAACCACUCCUCCACAGAGUGGAACCACUCCUCCACAGAGUGGAACCACUCCUCCACAGAGUGGAACCUCUCCUCCACAGAGUGGAACCACUCCUCCACAGAGUGGAACUACUCCUCCACUGAGUGGAACCACUCCUCCACAGAGUGGAACCACUCCUCCACAGAGUGGAACCACUCCUCCACAGAGUGGAACCUCUCCUCCACAGAGUGGAACCACUCCUCCACAGAGUGGAACCACUCCUCCACAGAGUGGAACCUCUCCUCCACAGAGUGGAACCACUCCUCCACAGAGUGGAACCACUCCUCCACAGAGUGGAACCACUCCUCCACAGAGUGCAAACCAAUAA